AUGUACGGCCCAGGCUAUGGCUCGACUCCCAACGUCAAUGUCCCUCCGACAUUCAACAACGCCGCCCCACCUCCACACCACAACCACAACCCUCACCUGCAGCCCGGCGCGCUUUCGUCUCAGCAGCCACCCCAGAUGUACAACCCUAAUCAGUUCGCUGGUGGCAUGCCUCAAGGCCAGCAGCCCUCCUUCCCUGGCGCCGGUCAACCCAAUCCUGCCAUGAUGUCGGGUCCUGGGCCUGCAGGCAUGAUGCAGAGUACCGCCAUGCCACAGAUGCCGACCAAUGGCCAACCAAACCAGAUGGCCUAUUCGAACCAGCAGUUUCAGGGCAAUGCUGCCGGCCAGCAGUUCCCUCCCAACUACAUGGCGGCUGGUAUGCCUGGCUUCCCCGCGAACUCGAACAUGAACCCUCAACAGCAGCAACAGUUCAUGCAACAGCGCAUGCAACAACAGCACCAGCAGCACCAUGCGCAACAACAACAGCAGCUCCAUCAACACCAACAAGCCCAGCAGCAGCAUCAGCAGCAGCAUCAGCAGCAGCAGCAACCGCAACACCAUCCGCAGCAGCAGCAGCAUCCGCAGCAGCAGCAUCCGCAGCAGCAGCAGCAGCAGCAGCAGCAGCAUCAGCAGCAGCAACAGCAUCAGCAGCAGCAGCAUCAGCAGCAUCAGCAGCAUCAGCAGCAGCAGCAUCAACAACAACAACAACAGCAUCAGCAUCAUCAACAGGCCAAUCAGCAACCGCAACACCAGCAACACAUUCAACAACACCAGACGCAACCAAACCAAAUGGGUGUGGUGGGCAGUCCGACUCCUCAAAGGCCGCCUAGUGCCUCGCAAGGCACCCCGAAUCACAACAUGGCCCAAGGACAGCAGUCCCAGCACUCGACUCCCCAACCUGCACCACAAAGCCAACCCCCUGCGAAUCAGCAGCAGCCGAGUGCUGCAGCGACGCCUCAGACACCGACCUUUCCCUCUAAUGCACAGAACCCCGCCGUCAACGGUGCUCCGCCUGCAGCAACCCCCCUCAGCCCAGGCUCGGUCACCAGAGAGCAGGAGAGGAUGAUGGUGCUGUUGAGCAUUAACAAUGAGCUUCUGUAUGAGUCGAUCAGGAUGCAGCAGACGUUACACGAACUCAAAGAAGAUUCCGGGCCGCCAGAAGCAGGAGCUCCUCCAUCUCGGGAGGAAAUGAUGGCCCAGCAAGACUACAACCAAUGCAUGCGGAGGUUGCAAGGAAAUCUGAGCUAUCUCGCUACCAUGGUUGACCGCGACCGCAAGCCUGCGACACUUCCCCCGAGCCCAGCGUAUCUGACGCCUCCACCACUGAACAUGAAAAUUCCCGUCAAGUCUCAUCCGCCCGGAGCUGACGAGGAGACCAAAGCCCUCGAACCCAUGGUGGACCGCGAACAGAGGCAGAAACUCAUGGUAGAGCUGUACACGCAGCUGCAAGGUCUAUACCCUGGUGUCGAUCCGAAGAAGGAGCCAACAUACAACAGAGCACCAGGCCAGAAGCCUGGCACGGCGCAGGCCAGUCCGGUAGUCACGCACUCGCAAGGCCCGCCGCAGACGCCCACGUCAGCGACCGCCCCUUAG